AUGGCCACUUCCGCGCAAAUGUUCGUUAAUUUUGUGAUAGUCGUAAGUGUGAUCCUGGGGUUCGUGUCCGGGGCAAUCAGUGAAAAAUCCAGGAAGAUCUGUGACAACAAGUACAGUUUAACCUGUUUGAAGCUGGAGAUCGUGUCGUUCUUGGAACGGAUAUCGGACCAGAGCGAGUACAACCUCAUGUCCGGGGUCAGUGUGGUGAAGGACAACACCGUGAAUGUGACCAAAACGGCGGAGAUCAUCGCGGAAGUUUCGCGGAUAUUCCCUGCCGACCCGAACAAGCGGCUGGACGAGUUCCUGAUCGUCAAAUUGAACGACUACCUGAAGAGUCACUCGCUGCGGCUGAAGCUGAUGGACAACGAAGCCAUGGAGAAGGCCCGUGACCUGUUCGAGGGUCGCAAGGGCAAGCUGGGCAAGAAGGGUGGUCUGGAAACGAUGAUCGCGGCUGCCAUGAUGAUGAAGGGAACUCUCGGUGCAAUCGCUCUCGGAACCCUUGCGCUGAUCGCUGGCAAAGCCCUCAUGACGGGGCUCCUCGCGAUGACCCUGGCCACGAUCGUUGGUCUCAAAUCGCUAACAAGCGGCGGUGGCGGUGGUCACAAAUCAACAACCUACGAAAUCGUCGCCAAACCAGUGUACUCACACUCGUCCCACACGGACCAGCAGGAGGACAUCGGAGUGCACCCGUCCGGUUUCAGCGCGGCCAGCUGGGGACGAUCCCAGCGGCUGGAGAUGCCAAAGUACUGA